UCGAGAGACAAAUCAUUUCUGCAGAGCGCGCACGCAUGAUAUUCGACGCAUAUCACUCGAUUAAAUUUGCAUUACUUCGAAAAACACGGACUGCGUUCACUUGCUGUCUUCACUGCUUUACAAGAAUGUAAUAUCUUCUUGCGGCAUUCCUUUACUCCACGGCUUGUCUCGUUGCGAACUGAAAAGAUUUUCUGCAUUCCUUGAUCUCCUAGUUUGGAAAAAAGCUAGCUUCAGCUCAGAAACUAUGACACGAGAAGCCGGGAUAUUGGUCGUGCUUUUGGUAGCUUUCCUUGCGAGUGAGCAAGUUUAUGGUCUGCGUGUUAGAGCAAAACUAAAAGAAGAGAAAAAGAAAUUACAGAACUAUGAGUGCUCUAAAGUUUGCCCGUCAGGUCGACGAUGCGCGCUGGAAGGGAACAAAGAGGUUUGUGUCUGUCUAUCUGUCUGUCCAUCAAGACACAAACCAGUGUGUGGGUCAGAUGGGAAGAGGUACGAAAAUCACUGCGAGCUGCACAGAACAGCGUGUGUCACUAAUACUAAAAUAGGCAUUGACUGGAGUAAUGAAUGCAUCAAUAAAGGAAUUUCAGAGCUGUGCUCACAUGAAAGACUCGUGACAUUAAUGGAAAAAAUCCUAGCGCACUUCAGAAAUGAACUUCAAACUGAAGCUCCCCCGGAAUCACUGAUCCACCAUUUAUUCCGACGCCGAGAUAAGAACGAUGAUAAUAAGAUCGAUCAGGGGGAGUUAACAUCAUUGCUGGCUGACUAUACGAAGUAUGAAGAUAUGUAUGCGACAUUGGCAGUGUGUAGUGUCGCGGACUGGAUACACGCAGACGAUAAGAACGAGGAUCAUUUCUUGGAAGUGGAGGAAUUCUAUAGUCAAUAUGUGAAAUCAAAGCACGAAAAAGAACAAUCGACACAAGAGAGUGCUAGAACAGACAGACCAACUGUCACAGUACAUGAACACCAAUCGUCGGAGUAUCCUACGCCUUUAAUUGAGGUCUUCACAGAAAAAUUAAGAGAACCAAUGGCUGCUGAUCACUUCACGGAGCCACGUGACACUGAUUCUACAACAGGAAGCCCAACUGUUUCUGCACACCACAGAAAUUUGUUCUUCGCAUUUGGAAGCGAAGGCAUCCACGUGAUCAAUCCAGCAACGCUAUCUUUAGUGAGACACAUAAGAGCUGUGGACGUAGUCAAUGGAAGCCUUUCACCCAUAUGCACAGGAAGCCCAGAGCAACCUUGUACAUGGGGUGGUGCGGUGAAUGCUGGAAAUCAGCUGAUCUACGCCGCUGACGCAUUAGGAGGCAGGCUCAUUGUAAUUGACAUUGCAACAUUUUCUGUGAUCGAGGAGAUAGCGGUCCGUGGUUAUCCCUAUAACCCACAAUACGUCGCGGCCUUGGACGAGGUGUGGUUCACAAACUGGGCGGAGAGUAUUCAGGUUCUCACAGAGGAAGAGGAAGACAAUGGAACAGUCAACGUGGUUACUAUGGCAACGAAGAAGAUAUCCCACAGCGUGACACCAGUACCUCUAAGCGAAUCCCAAGCUCCUAUAUAUGGAUUACACGUAGUCGAUAGCUGUCACUUGCGCGACGAAGAAAAUUUUGGCUAUGUCACGCACCUUAAUGAAACAGGGUUCCACGAAUUAAGCUUAAAAGAUAAAGAAUUCACUCGGUUCGUUAAUCUCAGCAGCCAUAAUUGUCACGGAACGUAUGCAUUUGCACUUUCAAGCUCGACCGGUCACGCUGUGGUCCACUGUUUCACGGCUAAAGAUGGCGGUCAACGAGCUGAACUUGUAGUCGACUUAAAGACCGAAGAAGUAGUUGCUAUGACGUCCGUCAAUAUUGGCAUCCCCCACAUAUCUCCUGACGGGAGAUUUAUCGUCACGUUCAAUGACUAUACCCUGUCGAAUUUGUACUUCGCGUACGAUGGAACAAUACAGAUUGGUGAGCCAAUGAAGUCCAGUUUGCGUCUCAGUGACGUGGCUUUCCUCGCAAAGAAUGAUGGGUAUGAUUUUUACGUCACUUCCAAAGAUUCAUCCACUGCUAUACUACUUCACACGAGUCCUGCCGGAAUGCAAACGCUCAACGUCUUCACAAACUGUGGAAUGCCUCAAAAAGCCAAAGACUGGCUUCACACACGACGAAGCAUUGUGACUGGCUGUGAGGCGCAUGACCGUUACCUAGCAACACCGGCCACUGCUGAAGAUGCGGUUGUAAUCAUUGAUGGUCAGCAGCAGUCAGUGAGUGGCAGGGUCGAGCACGUUAAGGGCGUAGUGAACCUUGUUUGGGUCGGCGGAGAAGAGAUCUAAAAAAAUCACAAAAAUUUGACUUUAACUAAAAGAGGCAAGGUGGUCACUUGGUCAGUGAACUUAUCUUGGUCUUGGCGAUGAGCUUCUCUUAUUUAUUAUUCUGUCUGCAUGACUUUGGUUGCCCUUUAAAGUUUUUGCAUGCUCAUGUUCCGGCGGCCAUGUUGGAAAAAAUUGCUAUAUUUUGGAACAUUUGAUUUGGAAUUAGCUUAAUCCUACUUGCUCUUGAAUAUUUAGUGAAAAUUGUGCUUUCUAAGAAAAAUACAGCUAAAAUAUAGCAAUUUUUACAACCCAUGAUCCCACUUUUUGACCUCUUGAGCAUGCGCUUAGAGCAGUAGCGCGGAACUCUUGAUGCAUGUAUAUAGAAUCUUUAACUUCCCCAUGUAAAACGAUUGAAUGUAUUGCUAUUGCCACCAACGCAUCAUAAGCCGYAAUCGCACAAAAGAACUUUUAUUGGUCAGUAAACGUCUCAUGUAAGACACUGAAUGAAUAUUAAGGUACUCAAGUUAUAAGGAGCUAACUAUAAAUAUAGGAACAAAAUAAUCGAAUAAUGAUAGAUUCAGUUAGCUUUGGCAUCAGUAACCUGUUCUCACUGAGACCACGUGUCAGUGCCUCCGGGAAUUCUUUCUUGUUAACCAGUAAUGCUGAACAGAUCUAUUUCUAGAUUAGGAUUUAAUUUUGAAAUUAUUAUAGUCAAUAAAGAUUAUUAUUACCUUAAUUAUUA